AGAUGGUAGAAGCAGCUGUUAUCAUUUCUGCUGUGAUUCUUAGCGUUAUGGUGACCACCGGUUAGUCAAUGGCACUUUGAUUUGAACUGCUUCAUGCUCUCUGAUUUUUCACUUUUUUUUAUCUGGAAGAAGUUUUUGGUCACGGUUUAAUCAUCCUCAUCUGUUCCAAUAAAAUGUAUGUUUUGUUAUUAAAGGAGUGACGGAGAUUCCAGACGAUUUUACUGGUUCCUUCCAAGAUCAGGUCACAGAAGAUUUACAACAACGGAUUUGUUCAAAACAUAAACCACAGGUCAGUGAUCAUUUUCGAGUUGUUAUAAAAUGUCUAUUAAGCUUCCGAAAAGUCCAUUUUUUUUGUCUCUUAUAAUUACCAUGGCCUAAAAUUAUUCUGAAUCUCCUUUAACUUUCAUUGUUUCAGUUUUUACCACGAACCUCAGUAAACACCACCAAGCGCUUGUCAGAUUUAAGAAGCUUAAUGCGUAAACAAGAUGGUGGAAUACAAGGUUACAUUGUGCCUUCCACUGAUGCCCACCAGGUACAACUGCUGUUUUAUAAUCAACUUAAUCAAAUUACAUGCAGUGUUAACCCAUAAACGCUAACAAAGCCUCAGAUAUAAUUACUGGAUAGAGUUUAUCUGCGUUAAUCCAUCAAUACACACCAGAUAUAAUAUUUACUGCUAUUAAUUGAAAAUAUGAUGUAUUUAUCACUAGGUACUUAUUGAGAACGCUCAGUGUUGUUGUAAACGUCUCCUAUUGGAGAUGGGACAGGGGCUAUUUCUAAUGACGGAUAUAUAUCCAAAUCACAAGAAAGCCUAGCCAUUUGCGUUGAAUUUCGACAGUGCCUUCUUCCUCAAUUAUUUUGAGAAACUGAGGAUUCAUACGGUGACGGAAAUCGAACCCGUCACAACCAAGCUGCGUGCCAAGCGUUAUAGUGUAAACUGGGAAAGGACAAAUAUGGUGCCCAAUUGCCCCCUUUUGCAUGCAAUGUUUAUUCCUUCUCCCUUCAAAUGCCUCCCAAACAGGCUAAGCAACACCCUUGUCUAUAGACAAGCGCUUCACCUAUAAGCAUCAGUUUGUAAAAUUAGUCGUUCGCGCCUCCGUGCACUGUAGCCGCUGUAGGCUCUUUCAAGGGUCAUUUUGCCUUAGUUCAUAAACGAUUAAUGUUGCUGUACCUUUAUGAGACACUUACACUAUUUUCCACAGACUGAAGAUGUUGCACCUCAGCAUCGAAGGAGGGAAUUCAUUUCGGGAUUUAGGGGAUCUCGCGGUACUAUUUUGUUAUCACUGUUGAAACUGUUUCUUAUUAUUAAAAAAAGAAAAGAGUUUUUCAGUAUUUUCAAUUUACAACAGAUAUGCAUUUUAGGAACCGCCGUUAUAACUAAUAAGAAGGCUGCCUUGUGGACUGACGGAAGAUACUUUGUGCAAGCAAACAUGGAGCUUGAUUGCAACUGGAUAUUACAAAAAGAAGGUAACAUAGUUAGAUUUUCUGUGAUCACAGAACAAAAAAUGUUAGACAAAUUUUUACGAAAGCAAAAGCGAAUUAAGCUUUCUUUAGCGCUUUUGGCGAAAGCAAAGAGUAGAAAGAUGGUUCUGAUCAAGAUGGACCUAGACAUGUCACCUCACAACAUUGUAGCAAAAAGACAGUGUAGGCUCGGUUCAGGUGACGACAACUGGGCUUAAAUUGCCACUGAUGAAAAACGACAUUUCCUUUACUACAAGAGAAAAUUCUCUCUUGCUUUUCUAACUUAUGUCUUAUGCGGAGCUUUUAAUAACACGUUGUAAGCCAAAAACUCGCCUACUGAAGCUUGCUUUAACCACUUUAGUGCAUUCCAGUUAUCAGGCUCGUGAUAAUGAAACUGUAUAACUCGUCGCACAAUUUUAUAUUAACACAGAAAUGAAAGGAACUCCAAGCCUGGCCAAAUGGAUCAGUCAGGUGAGUGCGGUGCGUGUUCUUUCCGCUAAACGGACGUGCCACAUGACUCUCCAUAAGGUUAACUCUUUCCAUUGAAUUUGGAGGAGGUGGGCAUUAGAAUAUAAAGUGCUUUAAGAUAUUAGAGACUAAAGAAAGUUUUUGAAAAUUUGUCUUGAACGUUAUACAAACCGACCUCAGUACAGAAAACUGAGGAUUUAAUUGAUGAAGGAUAUUACGAAUGUUGCGUAUUUCAAAAACACGUUAAUUUUCUGAAACUAGAAGUUAAAGCAGGCGAACAAGUCUUGGAGAAAUCUCUCGAAAACUGCAAAAGGACUUAAAUGUAUGAGGGAAAAGUAAAAGCUAAAAUGGCAAAGGUGCUAAGGGUUUGUUGUCCUGCUAUGACCUCUUUUAAUUCCGGGGACCACCUCAGCUUUCAUUGUACCUAUAAAUCGAUAAAACGCUUUGGUCGUCUAUUGUUACGAUAAGGUGUUGUUUCAUUGAACGGAAGGAGGAGUUGAGGGUUGAUUAACUGAAAGAGGGAGGGUGUAUAGCGAAUGUAAAAUUUCCGCCCGCUUAAUAAUGGUGACAUCCGUCGUGAAUAUUAUUUCAGAACAUUCCCAAAGGCUCCAAGGUUGGCGUGGAUCCUUUUCUUUUCUCCAUAUGUAAGUUUAAUUAUGAUAUAAUGAAACUUUUUUCAAAACUUUUAACUAAAAGUCAUCGAUUAUCACUUACUUGUGAGGGGUCAUUAGUAACACCGAUAAACAUCAAUUUAUCUCCUCCACAGUAGACGUUUACAAUAACUUCUGUUGACUUAAUUGCACGAUACAGAAGAACUUAAUGAAUCCUUCUCACCUUAAUCAUUUUGAACCUCUCACUUUGGCUGGGUCGUAAAUAGUUAAGUCAACAACUUUGGCGCCAAUUACAUUCAGCCUUUAUUAUUGUUCUUUCUACAGGUGAAUGGGAUCGUUUGUCCAAGGUAAAGUGAAGUGCUUUCUAUGAUGAUGAUCUACAGGUAUAAAUAUUAGCGGAGCUCUCGCACGCCCAAAGCGCGCAAAAAGGAGCACCAUGAUGUAAGGCAAUUUGGUUGUCUAUGCAUCCGAGGAGUCACGGUAGUAAUGUGUCCGUACCAGGGCGGAUAAAGGUUGGGCGGUGAAACGAGUGCGUCCGAGCAAAAAGGUGUGAUGCAGUGGACUGGGACUCUGCUUAGAAAUGUCGCUUGUUUUCGACUUCGGUCAGGGCUUGCGAUGUGGUUUGUACAUUAGACACUGCCGCUGUCACUGAAUAGACCUUGUCACGGUUUUCGACGCCAUCUUGACGAGUAGGCAAACGCGUGAGAAAUUACAGUGUUUGUAUGAGAAUCUAAUGUCGAAUAAUUUCCGUAAAACGGCUGUUCUGAACAAAAUAUCAAUUGUAAACUAAAGCUACAAAGCAAAGGAUUGUCCUAAAAAAUUUGGGGGCGUACCUGUGCUUAAAUUUCUCCAGAGGCUUACUUUAGAUUUUCCAUAUAUUUGUCUGUAAUUUUCCCGGGACUUUCUUACAGACAAAUGUAUAGGAAUUUUAAAAAGUGGUUCUAGGUCUUCUAGUGCAUGUAACGCCCUCAUNUAUCCGCCCUGGGGCCCGUUUCUCGAAAGUCCCGAUAAUUAACGGGCCCGGUAAGCUGUCUCCGGUUACAUUAAAGACCGAGGUUUCAAUAGUUUUGCAUCUAACAAGAUAAAACUGUCAGUUAAUGAAACAAAAUGGAGUAGUUUGCUAGCCAGGACCCGCGCUCUUAUUCUUUAUAUUUCGAUUUGAAUAUUUGAUUUCGGGCCCGUAAAGUUACCGGGACUUUCGAGAAACGGGCCCCUGGUCCGUACGCGCUCCGUCCGCACCACAGGAAAACCAAUGUGAAAUGACCUUUUUAAAUCUGAGUGGAGCCUAGACGUACAUGUUACGGUCAUUUUGGCCACUGGGACUUUUAUAGACACUAAACAGCAACAAAGCCGAGUCUCUUUUUCUCACUAGAUUUGAAUGUCUAGGCUGACGUGGAUAACAGAGAAAGAGCUAGAGCGAGAGAUAAAAAACAUAGGAGACAAAUGUCGUUAGAAACACAACAUGAAAAUUUAAUAGCGGUGGUGAGAAGAUGAGAAAUGUUAGCGGCCAGUGAGGUCAAAAUGAGCGGCAGUACGUGAAAAAGAAAGCCAACGGGAAUACAAUCAGCAAAUUCUUUUUGUGAGAACAUGCGACAUUUCUUCCGUAGAACUAGAAAUUGAAAGUUUCACGGUGUAGUCGCGCAACAACGACAAAGAAAUGUACAAAAAAGUGUGCUGCACGUGCAAAGUUGUUUUUUGCUAAUUACACCUAUUGUUGUUGUUGACGACGACCACAACGACAACUUCAAAAAACAGUACAGGUUUAAUGAUCAAAACAACAGCUCUGCACGUGCAUUUAGUACAUUUCUUUAACGUCCACUGCACGACUACGACGUGUAACCUCUUAAUUUGACGACUUGUGGAGGACGUGGACAUACGACGACGGAUUUUCCUUUCUCUUUUUGAAACUGAAUAAAAUCCUUAAGAAUUCAACUCCAGGAAAAGUCGCCUGCAUUUGGCAUAUUGAGCGGGUCCAAAUAGACGCGAUUAAGUUUGAAAGAAAGCAAAUUCAUUUUUUUUAUCGACGUUGUGUGGUCCUUGCUUAAGGUCCCUAAAUCCGUCGCCGUUUAGCACUACACGAUUUUAUUUUUGUGUGAGUAAAUUCUAAGUAUAGUAACGAGAGCUUCGCUUUUAGCCCUGGCUAAAUUUAUAUGUUGCCAUACUGAGAUGCACGUUACGUCACCAGGAGCUCAAGAAACAUCGUAUACGUUUGAUCCCUAUCAAACAAAACCUCAUUGACCUUAUAUGGAAGAGCGACCGACCCAAGCCGGUCCCGAAAAAGUUGAUAGUCCUCGACUUAAAGUAUUCAGGUAAUAGAGCUGUUUUCAAGAUUCCUGCAUACUUAAUAAAAGGGUAAACAGUUAAAGAGAACUUUAGAGUUAGACAGUGUCAUCCUGAUCUUUGCUAUUUACCGAAUUACUACACACUAUCUGUUUUCAAGCAGCAUAUUCUACAGCUUGACCUAAAUUCCCUGCUUACUGACGCUCAGUGCUCAAAUUGCACUCUAUGUAGUGCGUAAUGAACACACUACUAUUUUAACGAAGCUCAUACGCACUUGUGAAUAGUUUUUUUUAGAAUUUAGCAAUAGUAUUACACACAUGUAAAAAUCUUAUAAAUUUAUACUCUGUCUCUAGUCAAUAAUGAUACACUUGUAAAUAGUUUUAUUAAUUCGAUUUUAGUGGUUGCAAUAGUUGCUUAUUCUAAUUAAUAGUGGUUCCUCUACUGCUGAUUGAUGGAUUGAUUUCAUGUAUUUUCACAUUUUAGGUAAAUGUUGGCAAGACAAAAUCUCAGCUCUGCGUAAAUUGCUUAAAGAAAGAUCUUCAAAUGCUGUUGUACUUCACAAACUGGAUGAAAUAGCAUGUGAGUUUUGUUGGACUUGAUGGGGAUGCUUUGAUGUUUAUAUUGAGGCGACGGAGAGGGGGGCACUUUUUUCUGUUUUAUCAACUAACCAAACGGAAAAGUAAAUAUCUUUUGCUAUUUUCCUCUCACUCGACAGGGUUAUUUAACCUUCGUGGGUUUGACCUAAAAUACUCGCCCGUCUUCUUUUCCUAUGCUGUAGUUACAAACGCCGUUGUCAUGUAAGUAAAGAAAACUACAUAUUUUAUUCACCCGUUAUCAAGAUCAAACUUGGACUGAUUAGAAAGUAGUAUUAGCUAAUCUAAGCGUGUCAUUAAGUCAUUUCUCAAUAAUCGGUACAUACUGUACAUUAUUCUGACAAUAACUUUCAGAAUUUACUUUUCAGGCUGUUUGUAGACAAUGCCAAAGUUACGUCACGUGUAAGGAAACAUUUGAGAGUUGAUCAGUGUCCAAAAGAGAAAGCGCUGUGUGUUUUGCUUAAACCGUACAACACUAUAACAACGGAGGUCAAACGACUAGCUAAAAAUAAACACGCCAAAAUAUGGGUAAGUCCGCUCAGUUUACCGUAGCCUGAAAUUAUCGUAAUGGAGUUGGAAGAAGAACUUAAUUAAAAUUUUUUCCUGAUCUGAUGUGGGUAAAGAUAAGCUUUUAUAUGUUUUUCUUUGUUUCGUACAGUACUUUCUGUACUUUGUAUUUCGUACUUCGUACUCUUCCAAUUUUAAUCUCAGGUCAGCGUCAUCAUUUUUUUGUUAAUCCACACAGCUUAGUACAUCUUUAAGUCAUGGGAUACGAAUGAAUAUUCUUAAGGUCAGUAAUCUAUAAUUAUUUGUCAGUAAGUUUUGUCACAGUUUAUAUUUCACACAUCAUUUUAAGAGGCCUAAGAACUGUUGAAUCAUGCAAUUAAACAUGCCAAGAUCCGCAUGUUUAUUGUCUUUAACGUGCUAUCACCCUCCACGAGAGCACUUUCACGCAUUUUUUUUUCCAUCAACUAAGAAUAGUCGCGUACAGUAACGCGCUACUGAAUAGAACUCUACACCGCCCUAACUACAAUGUUGGACACUAACUGCAGUUUCUACCAGGUUUCGAUAGAGUAUCAAGUGGGCAGGGGAGGGGGGGGAGGUGCGAAAUCCUGAAAGCAUUUAUCGCAAGAUAUCAGCGCUUUCUCAACUUCAUGACAUUGAAUCGUGAAACUCGUUUGUGUGCGUUCACCUGUUCUUCACUUCUCGAUCUAUAGUCAUUGAGAAAAAUAUGACAGUAAGGCUUUCCGCACCCUUUUUAAAGACGCAUGGAAAGAUACAUCCCCUAGCAACAGCUAUAUAUAAGACGAUAGCUUUCGUAUCAACUACCGUACGCCAAAAUAAAAAAUUUAAGCCAAAUGACUUUAAGGGACAUGUAAGCGAGACACAGUAUAAGAAUGCACGAAAAAUUUUCAAAAUAACCAUGACAUAAAAAUCAUAUUUGAGAGGUCUUUUUAUUGUACAGUGGAAACUCGAUAUAACGAGGGGCUAAGGGACUGGCAACUGAAUUUAUUUGCUAUGACGAGGUUUUGUUAUAUCGAAGUUCUUUUUCAUAUAUUUUACAGUCAUGACUGGGGGAAAGAAAAUGGCUCGUUAAACCGAGGACUUCGUUGUAUUGAGCUUCCACUGUACUAAGUGGCAUCCUCAUUAUUGUGGGUUCACAAAGUCGGAUUGAUAGUAAGCUAACAUAAUUAUUUUCUUAGGAUAAAUUGUUUUUAGGUGAAUCUCCAAUUGCUUUGCCAAAAGCAUUAAAGAACCCCACUGAAAUAAAUGGAAUGAAAAAUGCUAAUGUAAGUAUGGUUAAGUUUGGUAUAGAAAUCAGUUGAAGAUUAAGUGUGAUGUUAUAUGAGUGUCAUAUAAUACCAAUAGCAAUAAAAAACAUUGUUGAUGCAUUUUUACAAAACGGACAAAUUAUUAGAAUAUUAAAAAGCGAAACUCCGACCGCGACUUUAUGUCGCGUUUCACGCUGCUAUCCUAUCACCAUCGUGUAUAAAAAAGGUUUUUUUAAAAACUUUUUUUUUAACUCGGCAAAAUAAAAAAGAUGGGUUGUUACCAGAUGACAACUGUAUGACGCAGAAGUAGUUUCUGAAGGAUAUAAAGUGGAGAAGAGAAGCACAACAAAACCAGUGAUGUUAUGUAAUCAAUUGCUUGAAGAUAACAACGAGUGUAAGAGAGAAAAGCAUGUUGUCCACCCUGCAGAAAGCUUCACUUGCGAAAACUUUAUCACGUCAAUUCACCCCUGAUUUACUAACAGCAAGAGAGAAUGAGAUCAUUCUCUCUUGCCAACAGUGAUUUUGUAGUUACCGAAUAUCACCGUAAUGUAAGUUCACUUAACGUCUUUCUUUGUGAAUAAUCCCAUUUACACUGUGUGAUGGGUUGAUUUGUGGAAGCUUUUUUUCACUGAACCCACGUGAUCAUGACCACCGUGAGUCUCCAGAAAGAGUCCACUCUCACUGACCUGACAGUAAUCACUUACGAUGUACUCAAGUACAUUCAACUGUGUUAGAAACUUUGUGGCGAGGUAAUUUUCUUCCUUUCUGGUCUUCAGGUGAAAGAUUCUGUUGCCAUGUGUGAGUUCUUUGCUUGGACUGAACAAGAGGUACAUUUUGGAAAACGCCUUUAUCAACGGCAGUUGACUUGUUUGUGCAGAUUUUUCAUCAUUUAAGUCGCCUUUUAUUUAAGGUCAUAUCUGCAUAAUGGACUGGUACUGAUGUUUCUCUCGUAUUUCAGAUUUUAAAGAAUUCCACUCAGCUAACAGAAUUAGUGGCGGAAACAAAGUUGUUAUACUUUAAAUCGUAAGAAGGGACAUUAUUAUAGUGUGGAUUUUUUAUUUUUCAUUUAUUAAUUUUUUUAUUGUUUUGUCCGUAAGGAUCUAACCGAGCUAAUAAGCACUAUAUCGAAAACUGAUCUCGGUCUACAACGGCCGCCUCAAUCGAUGGAAUGAAAAGAUUCGUGAAUAUUCAGCUAAUACGCUUUCUUCCGUACUGCUCUUAUUCUGUUGUGUGAUUGGUCAUUUUCUUUGUUGAAGGCGACAGGAUAACUUCAUAAGCCCGAGCUUUGCAACAAUUGCUGGCUUUGGAUCAAACAGUGCGAUAAUUCAUUACAAGUAAGUGGUAUAUGAACGAAGUCUGGCUUCCGAUAUUCGAAAAUACGAUAAAGAUUAAUACCCAAAGCAAAAUCUGUGGAAACUUUAAUCAUAGUUUUGUUAUUUAGUAUGGCUUUGGUUACUAUUUAAUUUGCGCCCUACCACUUUCUUUCUUUUUCUUUCUUCUUUUGCAGAGCUAAUCGUUAUACAAACGCCAAGAUUAACAGUGAUGGCGUUUUCCUGCUUGACAAUGGUGGACAAUACUUGUAAGGUUUGUUUCGUAUAACUUUCCAGUCAGUGAACUAGGAAACAUGUAACAAAGAAGUACAUUUCAAAAUGAGUGAAAAUAGAAUACUCUUUCACAAGAAACAAAUAGCAGGUGAAAGCAGAUUUCCACGUCAGGUAUUCGGUGAUUUGAAAAAAAAGUUUCCUUCGAUUUGAAAAAAGGUCAGGCUUCGAGUAGUGACUACCCACAUUAACCCCUUGCGUACCAGCUUUGUCUUGAAUUGCUCGAUAGAGGUGGGACGACAGAUACGACACGGACUGUUCAUUUUGGAGCCCCAAGCCAACAUCAAAAGGUCAGUAAAAUCACAUUGCAACAUACUAUUAAGUACUUUUUAUGUCGAUCAAGCAUUCCCCCCCCCCCUACACUCAGCAUGAAUCUAGCUACGCUCGUUAUUUGUGUUUGCUCGACUCUUUGUCAAAUAGUUCGUAUUGAAUGACUUGCUCUUGUUUGCUUAAAGGCGCGUUCAAUCCACGGGGUUGGAAUAUGCUGUAGUUCACUCUUUCCUAGGCAGAGGCUCCCGCCCGCUGGGCCCGUGGGUAUCCUGGAGAUAAAAAUAGCAAUAAUCGGAUCCCGCGCGCUUUCCGCUUUUUCUUUCUUCCCAGCCUCCCUAGCUACGACACAAAGAAGCCUCCGGCGGCUACGGAGAGGGAGAGCUGUAGUUCAUUUUUACCCCUGGUUUGAAUCUAAUUGUCCUUUGUUUUAAAGUCAUUGAAAUACAACACCAUAUCCAAAAUCAAGGAAAAUAAAAUUUAAUCCAAGGAAAAAAAUGAAACCACAGCAAAUACAGGCAUGUAUAGGUUGAACUCUAAUUUUGAAAACAUUUUUAUCACACAGGAUUGCUAUACAAGGGUUUUAAAAGGUCACAUUGACAUCGCCAAUGCAGUGUUCCCCAAUGAUACUUACGGUAAGAAACGCUGGUUAACUGUUUAAAUUUUUUUAUCGACUUCAUGACCAUUACCGAUAAUUUAAAGAUAACAAUCUUCCUGUAAUAGUUGACCACUGAGUAAUUCAGCGAUUCUCACUAGUGUCAAAACACCACAACCUCCACCUUUCCGUCAGAAGAUUAACAUGGAAGGUCCUCUUGUUAAUCGACACGCAUGCAGCAUAGCCUUCAGUCGCCGACCCAAAAACAACAGUUAUUUGUUUUCACGUCAGGGGAUAGUGCACUAACUGGGUUUCUUUGGGUUGUUGAUGUCUUAAUUCAAUCCACUUGAACAACCCAAAAACCCAGUUAGGCAUACUUAUUGUUAACGUUUCAUCAUUUGACUUCUUUCGAUGUUAAAGGAAGGACAUUAGACGUGUUUGCAAGAGAACCUCUAUGGAAAAUAGGCCUGGACUAUCGACAUGGCACCGGACAUGGAAUAGGGCAUUUUCUCAACGUACAUGAAGGUACCAAUACUCAUCUAAGGGGCGGGAAUGAAGGGUCACAUGACUGGUCGCUUAAUGUGCUAGAUCUGACGAGAUGGAACCCUUCAACUCAUCCAUCCCAGCUAAACAUAGGCUUCUCAGCGCACCAGUUAGCCUUACCUUUCCUUCAUCGAAAGUUACUUAAAAAAUAGAUGUAAAGGUUUCUGAGAAGCCUAUGACAUCUUCAGAGAAGGGUAUACUUAAAGGCGCCACCCCAAAAAUUACACUUGGUUUUAACAGUGCUCGUAUUCCAGUGCUGUAAGCAUGUAACGACGGUCAAACAUUCAGUGUCGACGAAGGCGCUAAAUAUAUUGGGUCGGUUAUUUAAACGAAGUCCGCGGUUUAGCAAAUCAAAUCUGUGGACCUCCAGAUAUCUUCCUUAGCGAGUAAUUUUAAGAAAAUAAGUGCUUUUCCAGUCUACGCUUUGUUCUUUCAUGAACCUUUUCACGAUGAAUGGUGUUAAGAUAAAAGCAUAAGGCAAACUGAAAAUGGGUAAGAACGCGGUUUUGUUAAGCACUGUCUAAACUCCGUUUAAAUAACUGGCCCAUUGUGUUACUUAAUUUUCAGGACCCCAGUGCAUAGCUCCGGGAUUCCCCAUAGAUGAAGAAAAGAUUCUCAUGCCCGGAAUGAUUCUUUCAGACGGUAAAAAUAACUAACGAACUUAAGGAAUAAAUCAAUAAAUAAAGAUUGUCCAAAUUGUAUAAGCAUAAUAAUAAUAAUAAUAAUAAUAAUAAUAAUAAUAAUAAUAAUAAUAAUGAUGAUAAUAAUAAUAAUAAUAAUAAUUAUUAGUAAAUAAUAGACAAUUUUAUUAAAAAACUAUUAAAAUCCUAUUUACAAUUACUUCGCUUAAAAAAAAGAAAAAACUAUUCAUUCAAAAACACUAUUUACAAUUUCUGUCGAUUUAAAAAGAACUCAAUUUAGCUUUAAAAAAAAGUUAAUUAAAACUAGGAAAAAUUUUUUCGAAUUAAAAAACAUUUCAUUUCAAUAAAAGAAAACUGUCAACCUCUAAAAUUCAAAAGUUUCUUUCAACUGCUAAAAAACAAAAACAAAAAAAUAGUAAUAAUAAUAAUGAAAUAAAAAGAUAUAUAUGAAGUAAGGAAACACAUCAAUAGUCCGAUUAAUAAUAAUAAUAACAAUAAUAAUAAUAACAAUAAUAAUAAUAAUAAUAAUAAUAAUAAUAAUAAUGCUUUUAUUUAACGAGGGUAACACUAAAUAGCCCAAGGCUAAUAAACUUGUGUCCCUCAAAACACAAUCUGGACGCACGAUUUUGUUUAGCGGAGCAGCCUGCCUUCGUUACUGACUAUAGAUACAUAUUUUUUCCCUUAAGGGCUUGUUAAAAUGGUAAAUCGUACCUUGACAGGGAACUAAAAUGUUAUAUGAGGCCCGCAAUGGCUUAGUCACUUGAUUCUCUGGUUCUCAUGUAAUGUUGCUAGGAUAUUACAAGCUGGAAAGUUGGGAAACUAAAGCAAAAAAAUUAGGGCUGUGCCGUGAUAGCGUGUAAUUAUUAUCACUUAGAACCUGGAUAUUAUGAAGACGGCAAGUUUGGAAUCCGCCUUGAAACAGCUGUACUUGUACAAGUGGCAAACACAAAGGUCAGUAGCAGGCUUUCAUAAAUAUUUUCUUUUCACUGAUCGGAAUAAUUUAUCCUGUAUUGAUCAGCGGCAAUAACUAAUUUAUUUCAAUUCUUUCAAUCUUUCUACGCAGUAUCAUUUUGAUGGACAUGACUAUCUGAAGUUUGAGCCGGUUACUUACGUAAGUAUAGUUCAUCGACCACCUUCCAUUACUUUGACUUUCAUUUUGAUCAAAACAGAGUGAGCGAACGAAAACUAUAAACCGCUCUAUUAUACAUGUAUAUGUUGUUUCAACACCAACAGAUGCCUUUCCAAAGAAAGCUUAUUGACGUAUCAAUGCUGAGUAAGCCACAGGUACCCGUAUGAUCAGACUAAUUUAAUAUCUACUUUAACCAUUUUGACAUGAAAACUUUUAUCAAUGAUUUAACUUAAGCAAGGCCUCUACUCGGUAGCCUGAAUUUUAGACAAUUGUUCGAGUCGCUUACUCCCUCAGUUACUGAGGGAGUAAGCAACUCGAAGUAAUGUCUGAAAUUCAGGCUAUGUACUUGGAUGAAGCCAAAGAAAAAUUCGUCUACUGUAAUUCAGUUCAGUUCACCUUGCUUAUUGACGAAGAUUCUCUUACAGUAGCAACACAGACAAACCAAACGACAUCAAAGUAAAACAGAAGCCGGCUAUGUUGCGCAUUUCUUCUACUUUAUUAAACGUGUACAAGGCUGGUAAAUUUACAUGCUGGUGUUAAAGCAAAUGGUGUUUUCUAGCUUUGCUCAUGCUAAAGGACAAUUUUAACUCUUUCACAGGUCGACUGGCUAAAUGAAUAUCAUAGAAAAACAAGGCAACUGAUCGGAGGAGAACUAAGAAAGCAAGGGAAAAUGGCGGCUUUAUCUUGGUUAUGGAGGGAAACGGAACCACUGGACUGUAAAAAAUAA